GCGUCAACGAUCUUUACCUCAUCUCGUUGCUCAUAAAGCUGUGCCUAGCAAGCCAAAUAUCAAUGCCAUGCUCUCUGCACUUCAAGCCAAUGUCGGGGGAUCUACAAGCUCCUCUCCGGACCCGUACUCUGGGCUCCAUCACCCUCGCAUUUCCUUGAGGUGCUCUCACGUUGCCUCAAGCAUCUCCUCGCUACCAAUCAAGGAGCUCCACCAGUUUUUCCCCCGUCUUCUUUCCAACAUCUUUGGGUUUGACCACAGUCCUGGAUGGGCUCUGCUGCAGUUCAACAAGAUGCAGCAUGGUGACUUCCAUCAGCUGCUCCAGUUCAUGGCUCCACAUGGAGAGCUGUUCGGACUCAUCAGGAAACUGGAUACAGAAGGGUUUAUUUACGAGUUCCCCGUUGAGUGCCUACCGCGGCCCAGUCAAUGUGCUCUGAGUGAAGGGACCAUUCCCUCCUUCUACUGUAGCAAGGUUCAACUCUCACUCUCUGUGGACAACUCACCAACACACAUCUUCCUAUCUGCGUUCGAGUACUACAUCUUCCACUUUGCAUACUAUCUUAUACACUGUCAGACCUACCCCUCCCGAUCUCCUCCUGCUCAGAACUUUGCCAACUGCCUCUUUGUCUCCCUAUUCGACUGUUACCUCAGCCAUUUUCUCCCCUACACAGGAAUAGUGCCCCCAUCACCAACAAACUCGUUAAGCCAGGGGCAUUCUCUCUACACCAGAUCCCCUCGACUGAGCACAUCGUUUGGAUCACCCGUAGGUCAAAGUCCAUCGUACGGAGCCACCAGUCCGAUGAGAAGAGGGGCUAAGAUAUGCAUAGGAUCUCCAAAACAGUCACCGCAAGUUACACAGUCGGAGACAUUUGUACAGGUACUGGUUGAGUUUUGGCUGAAUCAGAACUCAUAUAAUGGAGGGAGAGGUGAUCUGCUAGCACAAGCACAGAACCAGUUCACUCCGAGUGAAGAGCACAUGAUACUCUUGCGACGGCUACUGAAGCAGGUCCACUACUUUGGGUGUGGCUACUCUUAUUCGGCCACCUCCCCCACCACCCACUCACUCCUCAUACCUGUCACAGACAACCUCAGAAGCUCUUUGGUUCCUCUGUACGUUCAGAAAAGACUCUUUCACUUCCUUAACUACUCCUUCAAGCACUCACCACUUGACUCUAACUUGAGAUAUAUUCUGGAGCUAUGGCUGACAUUCAUCCAGCCGUGGCGUUACAUUGACCCGACCAAACUCUCCACUGACAACAAAGGGAGCUUUGGUAGCCUGCCUAAGAGAUGGAGGUCUUUUGUGCUGGAUAACCUCCCGUUCUACACGAACCUCCUAGUGGAGUUUCUGGGUCGAUUCUUCCAGGCUGACCUAACUCACGACCCCAACAUCACACUGCUCUAUAGGGCCACUAAGGUGUUUGCACUUCCUGAGCUGAUGGGGUUUAUUCGACACGGUGAGGCCCUCCUCUUGGACUUUGCCCACAACUCCUCCAGGGGAAAUUCCCCUUCAUCCGCCUCUUCCAUCAAGGCUGUGUUUGUGGACUGUGUGGGUCCAUCAUUUGACCACACCCCUCUCUUCGGACAGGACACUCAGGAUGCUAUCCACUCCCUCUUGUACAAAGUGUGUCGCUCCCAGCUGCUACUGAGCAGCCAGUCAUCAUCGUCGUCAUCAUCACAACCCUUCACAUCUAUACCGUCCGAGUCAUUUAUGUCUCUGUCAGCGUCCACCCCUCCACCACCUCACAAGUCAUUAUUCAAGCAACUUUGGGACUCUCUGGUUGAUGUAUUUUCCUACGACUACCCUAGCCCGUCUGUCUCCCCGAUUAUAGACCCCGAGAAACUGAUCAACAUGCUCGACUCAAUUGCUCAGAACCUGUCGGCCACUUUUGAGCUCCCUAUUCCAAGAGAUACCAGCCUCAAUGAUUCAGUUCUUGGUAUUGACGCUUCCUUUGAGAGCUCGCUCAUAGGCCUCACCUCCACCAGCUCACCCCCUCCCUCACUUGAGCCAGAGUUCAUCCAGGGGUCAAGCAGACUCUCACCUCAGGGCAAAGUUCAGGUGAUUCAAGGUCUGCGUAAGUGCUCUGGCAGGAAUGUCCAUUACCGUGGAGACCCCUUAUUGCAGCCGAUACGUUCCUACGAGAAUGCCACCCUAGUGCGAACACUGUAUCGUGUGUCAUCACUGCUCAAUGAGAAGUAUUCAGAGCAGCUGGCAGCAGUGGGUAGUGGUGGUGGUCUACUGCACCAUCUCUUCCUACAACUGUUGUCUCCACCCCCUCCCCACCUUCAUGCAACACUGUUCCCACAAUACAGUUCCGAGCCUCCUGUCACUCCUGUGCAUCGAGUGACCCCUGUCAUCAGUUACCUUGAUGAUGAAGAGCCCCUCCCUCCUGUCCCACGGAUCAACCUGCGGCCAUUAGCCUCCUACUACACUCUGACCUACAUCGUUCUAGCUCUAGCGUUUGUGUGGCUGUUCUCACUGCCUUCUCUCUACUGUCUGCUGGGACUAUGUUGUUUUGUGUUUGUGUACUGUGUUAUUAGCUAUUGCAUUCAUGGAACAGUCAAGAAACACUGAAUAAAACUCCCUCCCCAUUCAUUCAUAAUCAUUGUAAUGGAUACUAUACGGAAUGUACCUCUGUCCAUGUGUUGUAUUGGAAAAUAA